AUGGUCAACCUGCAGAAGCGCGUGGAAGGGUGGCCUCAUGUGAGAGGGCGUUAUCUAAGCAGCUCCGAAGAGCGGCCAGCCUCACUCCAGCCUUUCGAGGGUACUCACCGUGCUGCUGAGGAGGUCUCAAAGAAGCGACUGGUGAUCAAGCCUCCCACCGCUGAGAGAGAAUACCUGGCAGCAGCCUGCGGCUCCAGGCUAUCGUCAAUAUGCUUGACGACCGGAGAAGUAGCCUCGACAUGGACCGCCAACGGCGAGACUGGUGAGACAUCCGGCAAGGAAAAGCUUGCGGACACGGGAGAGGAUGCCGACGGGCCACCAGCAAAGAAGCAGAAGACAGCAGCAUCAUCAGCCACGGGUGCUCCGAAUAUCAUCAAGCUCACCUCCUCGUCUGACGGCCGCCAUGCGGUCGCUGUGACGGACGACAAGAACGUGCGGGUCUUCGAAGUUCAUGACGAUGGGAAGCUUGUCGAGCUGACGCAACGAGCUAUGCCGAAGCGGCCAUGUGCCAUCCAAGUCCUGCCAGACAAUUCAACAAUCUUGUGUGGCGACAAGUUUGGCGACGUCUACGGUCUCCCUCUGCUCCCGGAACUGCAACCUGAAGCACAAGAACGAGCAACCAUAGAAUCGCCAGCUAUGACUCCCUCAAACGAAACAAAGGCUUCUUUCAAGCCAUCUGCCACCACCCAAACUGUCCACACCAAGCGCAACCUCAAGUCCUUGGAAUCCCAGAUGAAGCAGAAGAACCUUACCCCGAAGACCAAGCAGCCCCUCGCAUUCGAGCACAAGCUCUUACUCGGCCACGUCUCCAUGCUCACCGAUUUGACAUACGCAUCCUGUCAUGUUGACGGCAAGGAGAGAGGCUACAUCAUCACCGCAGAUCGAGACGAGCACAUCCGCCUUUCCAGAGCACCACCACAAUCGCAUAUCAUCGAAGGUUACUGUCUUGGCCAUACGCAGUUCGUGAGCAAGAUCCUCGCCAUUCCGUCGACUAACUUACUAGUGAGUGGUGGUGGCGACGAAUGGAUCGGGGUUUGGGACUGGCCGAGCUCUACACUACGAUGGAAGGUCGAGUCCUUUGGCGACAGCUUUCGACAGGCGCAAGGAGACAGCCUGGCACCCCCCAUCGCUGUCUCGGGCAUCUGGCUCGUGCCAGCUGAUCUGGACGGAAACGUUGAGGGCGUGGUUAUCGUGGCUUGUGAGAAGAUGUCGGUCCUUGCGUAUUGCCCUGUCUCUGAGCUUCGGGAUUGCGCGCCUGGUCGACAGCCACGGUGGAGCUUUGAACGAUUCGACCACACAAUUUUAGAGGUCGUUGCGACGGGUUCGAUGGUUGUGGUAUCCUUCGAUGCCCGAGCACAGGAUCAGCAGCGGCUGAAGGCAUACGAGCUCCGGAUAACGCGAGACGAGCAAAACGUGCAUUCCGUUACGAGCAGGGCAGCAAAACAUACGCAAGCUCUCUUAGACAAAGCGAACGGCACCACCUCCGAGACAGUGAGCGACAAGGCCCUCGACGAUAUGUUCUACGGCAUCGCAAAACUCUGUAAAAGGCCAAGGGACGAAGCAGCAGUUGAAGAAGCCGAAGAAGAAGCCGCAGACGCAGCAGACUGA